AUGACAAGACUUCGGUCUACUCGUCGAAUGUUAUCGGUAAUAUUUGUAACUACCUUUAUAUUAAUUCUUUAUUUCUUAUUCCGAAAAAAACCAUUCGAAUUUUCACCGGUAGAAAAUGCUUAUUAUUAUCCAUCCAGCCAUGACCGUUUCCAAUCUAGAAAUAUUCCCAUCUCAACACAAAUCAAAGUGAUACCUAUUCCACAAUUUAUCAGUACACAAGAUGCAGUAUUAAAAAUAUCGAAUGAUUUUCAAAUUAUAUCAAAACAAAACUCUGUUAGAGAUCUUGAAUUAGCUAUUCGUCGUUAUUCAAAUUAUAUUUCAUCACUUACAGGACUAUCAAUAGAGAAUAGUCAAAAAUACUCCAGUUCGGAGAAUAAACUUAUUAUCGACUGUUUAUUGAAAGAUGCCGAUGAAUAUAGUUAUCCAAAAAUUGAUGAAGACGAAUCUUAUGUGCUUAAUGUAACUAGAACAGGUACAUAUUUAGGUGCAUUAACAUUGACAGGUAUUCUUCGAGGUUUAUCAACAUUCGUACAGUUGAUUGAAUGCAGCAGCUCAUCAAACAUAUCUUAUAUUCCAAUAGUAAAUAUCACUGAUCGACCUCGAUUUCCAUGGAGAGGUUUAAUGCUUGAUGUAUCGCGUCAUUGGAUGCCGGCAUCAGUCAUUGAACGAACAUUAAAUGCAAUGGAAUUAAGUAAACUUAAUGUUCUUCAUUUGCAUCUAUCGGAUGAUCAAGGCUUUCGUGUUGAAAGUAUUCAAUAUAAAUUAUUACACGAUGAAAAAGAUUUUUUUACACAAAAAGAUAUUAGAUAUCUUGUUGAAUAUGCUAGACAACGACGUAUACGUAUUGUGCCUGAAUUUGAUAUACCUGGCCAUACAACAAGUUGGUUUGUUGGUUAUCCAGAAUUAGCUACUGACCCUGGACCAUAUCAAAUUUCAACUAAUUGGGGUGUUCUAAAAUCUACAAUGGAUCCAACUAAAGAGACUACAUAUAAAUUUCUAGAUGUAUUUUUUGAAGAAAUGACAAAACUAUUUCCUGACCUAUAUUUUCAUAUUGGCGGAGAUGAAGUCGAAGGUACUCACUGGGCACAAUCACCAACAAUACAAAAAUUUAUUUUCGACAAUAAACUAAGAAAUAAAAAUGGUUUACAAGCAUAUUUUAAUAAACGUGUACAAGCCAUGCUAAAAAAAUAUGGAAAAAUAAUGAUAGGUUGGGAAGAAAUUCUUGACGAAAUCGAUGAAAAUUUAAUAAUCAAUAGUGAUGCUGUUAUUCAAUCAUGGAAAAGUCGACAGGCAACGGUGAACGCUGUAAAAAGAGGUUUCAGAAGUAUACUUUCUAAUGGUUAUUAUCUCGAUCAAUUGUCACCAUCCAUGAAUCAUUACACAGUUGAUCCAAUUCAAAAACAUGAAGCAUUGUUACUCAAUAGAGAACAGCAACAACGAAUUUUAGGCGGAGAAGCUUGCAUGUGGAGUGAAUUUGCUUCACAAUACACUGUUGAUUCUCGGAUUUGGCCUCGGGUAUCUGCGAUUGCUGAACGUUUAUGGUCUUCACCUUUAAUUAUUAAUCAAAAUUUUCUCUACGAACGUCUCUUUCGCAUGAGUCACUUACUUGAACAAAUGAAAACAGGUGUUACACAUCUGUCAUCAUAUAUGAAUAAAUUAGAAAAUUUACUUCUCGGCCAAACUAACAAAACAGCUCUUCUACAUCCAUUCGUAAUUUUAGCUGACGCAUCUGAACCACUCGGUCAUGGUGAACGUUCUCAACUUACUAGAUAUACAUCAAGCGUUCCAUUAACGACAUUUGCUGAUGCUUUACAUUCUGAAAGUGAAUCCAUAUGGAAAUUAGAAAAUCUUCAAAUUAACGAUAAAAGACUUCAUGAUAUAUUUCAAACUUGGUCUCUUAAUCAUCUCCGUUUAAGUACAUUAUUUAAUAGUAUAAAAAAAUAUCAAUAUGACAACAUAUGGGGACAAAAUAUUGAAAGACUAUCAGAAAAUCUUGCUCAUGUUGGUCGCAUUGGUUUGAGAGUUUUCAAUUAUAAUUCACAAAAAGUAUUACAUCACGAUAAAAAUAAUACUAUGAAUUCAUGGACAUUACCACAUUGGAUAUCGCAUCAUAGCAUACUAUUAGAACAAUUAGAAAACGGUGUCAAAGAAGUACGAUUAGCUGCAGUACGACCAGUUCGACGUUUACUUCACUCUAUUCAAUCAACGAAUCAGUUACGGGUACAAGAGGCGACCAGAGAUAUUCUAGUUCCCUCAGCGAAUUUUUGA